AUGUUCUCAAAAAGUGUUAGUGUUUUCAAGUUUGGAGCUGGUUUGAGGAGUUUCGUUACAGUAUCUAAGUCUUCCCCUAAAGUUGCGGUGUUAGGUGCAAGUGGUGGAAUAGGACAACCGCUGUCACUUCUCUUAAAACAAUCACCACUAAUUUCUCAUCUUUCACUGUAUGAUAUCGUUCAUGUGAAAGGUGUUGCUGCAGAUCUCAGCCAUAUUGAAACCCAAGCUCAUGUGACUUCACAUCUCGGACCUGGAGAACUUGCAGAUUGUUUGAAUGGUGCACAUAUUGUCAUCAUUCCUGCUGGGAUUCCUCGUAAACCUGGGAUGACACGGGAUGAUCUGUUCAAUACGAAUGCAUCUAUUGUCGCUCAGCUUGUUGAUGCUUGCGCCAAAAGUUGUCCAAAGGCAAUGAUAUGCAUAAUCACAAAUCCUGUCAACAGCACUGUACCAAUUGCAGCAGAAAUUUUAAAGCGUCAUAAUGUAUAUGAUCCAAAGCGUCUGUUUGGGGUUACUACUCUUGAUGUUAUACGCUCAAAUACUUUUAUUGCUCAGGCGAAAGACCUUGCUGUACGGAAAGUUUCAUGUCCUGUCAUCGGUGGUCAUUCAGGCAUUACCAUUCUUCCGGUGAUUUCCCAAUGUACUCCUCACGUAUCAUUCCCACAGGAUCAACGGGAGAAAAUUACAAAACGCAUUCAGGAAGCGGGCACGGAAGUUGUUGAGGCGAAAGCUGGAGCAGGAUCUGCGACUUUAUCAAUGGCCUACGCUGGAGUAAGAUUUGCUACCUCACUCUUGGAGGCUAUGAGCGGUCGGGCAGGUGUAGUAGAAUGUUCUUUCGUGCAGUCAGAUGUUACAGAAUGUGAAUUCUUUUCAACUCCUCUUGCACUUGGCGCUGAAGGUGUUGAGAAGAAUAUGGGCAUUGGCAAAUUGAAUGAAUAUGAAAUUGAAUUACUGAAAAAGCUUAUUCCGGAGUUGAAAGCAAAUAUCGAGAAAGGCAAAGAAUUCGCAGCUAAAUUUACACCCAGUUAA